CGCUUCUUCCUUCCUCAGUCAUCUACAUCUGUGGGCCCCUGGAGAUGCUCCACCAGGUCCUGCGCCUGGCCCAGGACGAGAGCAUGACCAACGGCGACUACGUCUUCUUCUACGUGGAUGUCUUUGGGGAGAGCCUCCGGGCCGAGGGGCACCGGGAGGCUGCCAAACCCUGGCAGAGCAAGGAGGCGCCAGACCCUGCGGCGGCCAGAGGAGAGGGGCUAAGGAAAGCCUUCCAGACGGUCCUGGUCAUCACCUACCAUGAGCCCCAGAACCCCGAAUACCAGGUCUUCCAGCGCCAGGUGAUCCUUCGGGCCCGGAGGGACUUUCAGGUGGAGCUGAACGAAUCGCUGAAGAACCUGGUGGCCGGCUGCUUCCAUGAUGCAAUCCUGCUGUACGCCUUAGCGCUGAACGAGACGCUGAGCGAAGGCGGCACCAAGCACAACACCAGCCGCAUCCUGGAGAAGAUGAAGGGGAGGAAAUUCCAGGGUGUCACUGGAACGGUCAGCAUGGACAAAAACAAUGACCGCGACACUGACUUUGACCUGUGGGCCAUGACGGACCUGGAGAGUGGCAAGUACCAGGUGGUGGGUCACUACAUGGGAGCGGAGAAGCAGAUGAAGUGGCUGGGACCCAUCCACUGGGUGAAGGGGGUGCCACCCCUCGACAACCCCCCCUGUUUUGACAUGGACGACCCCUCCUGCAAUAAAAGUCCCCUCAACACCUUGGCCAUCGUGGCCCUGGGGGCCGGCCUCACCUUCAUCAUGUUUGGUGUCUCCAGCUUCCUCAUCUUCAGGAAGCUGAUGCUGGAGAAGGAGCUGGCCAGCAUGCUUUGGCGGAUCCGCUGGGACGAGCUGCAGUUUGGGAGCUCCGACCGCUAUCACAAAGGGGCAGGCAGCCGCCUGACCCUCUCGCUGCGAGGGUCCAGCUACGGCUCCCUCAUGACGGCCCACGGCAAGUACCAGAUCUUCGCCAACACCGGACUCUUCAAGGGAAACGUCGUGGCGAUCAAACACGUCAAUAAGAAGCGGAUUGAGUUGACGCGGCAGGUGCUCUUCGAACUCAAACACAUGCGAGACAUCCAGUUCAACCACUUGACGCGCUUCAUUGGCGCCUGCAUCGACCCCCCCAACAUCUGCAUUGUGACCGAGUACUGCCCUCGCGGCAGCUUGCAGGACAUUCUGGAGAACGACAGCAUCAACCUCGACUGGAUGUUCCGCUACUCGCUCAUCAACGACAUUGUGAAAGGCAUGGCCUUCCUGCACAACAGCAUCAUCGGCUACCAUGGCGGCCUCAAGUCGUCCAACUGUGUAGUGGACAGUCGCUUCGUGCUCAAGAUCACAGACUACGGACUGGCCAGCUUCCGUCAGAGUGGCGAGAGCGAAGGCAGCCAUGCCCUGUAUGCCAAGAAGCUUUGGACGGCGCCGGAGCUCCUGCAAAGGGGCCAGUUGAUCCUUUCCCCGCUGGCGAUGCAGAAGGCUGACGUGUACAGCUUUGGGAUAAUCCUGCAGGAGAUCGCACUGCGCAACGGGGCUUUCUACGUGGAGGGCAUGGACCUCAGCCCCAAGGAGAUUGUGCAGAAGGUGCGCAACGGCCAGCGGCCCCACUUCCGGCCCUCCGUCGACCUGCGCCUGCACAGCGAGGAGCUGGCCCUCCUGAUGGAGCGCUGCUGGGCCCAGGAGCCCCCCGACCGGCCGGACUUCGCCCAGAUCAAGCUCUUCAUCCGCCGUUUCAACAAGGAAGGCGCCACCAGCAUCCUGGACAACCUGCUCUCACGCAUGGAGCAGUAUGCCAACAACCUGGAGAAACUGGUGGAGGAGCGCACCCAGGCCUACCUGGAGGAGAAGCGCAAGGCUGAGAACCUCCUCUACCAGAUCCUGCCCCACUCUGUGGCUGAGCAGCUGAAGCGCGGGGAGACGGUCCAAGCGGAGGCCUUCGACUGUGUCACCAUCUACUUCAGCGACAUUGUGGGGUUCACUUCCCUCUCGGCCGAGAGCACCCCCAUGCAGGUGGUAACCCUCCUCAAUGACCUCUACACCUGCUUUGAUGCCAUCAUCGACAACUUUGACGUUUACAAGGUGGAGACGAUUGGGGAUGCCUAUAUGGUGGUCUCGGGGCUGCCGGUUCGCAACGGCAAAGUGCAUGCCCACGAGAUCGUCCGCAUGGCCCUGGCCCUCCUGGAGGCGGUCAAGACCUUCCGCAUCCGGCACCGGCCCAGCGAGCAGCUCCGCCUGCGGGUCGGCAUCCACUCAGGGCCUGUGUGUGCUGGGGUGGUGGGCCUCAAGAUGCCCCGCUACUGUCUCUUUGGGGACACGGUCAACACGGCAUCGCGCAUGGAGUCCAAUGGUGAAGCCUUGAAGAUCCAUGUCUCCUCCACCACUAAAGAGAUCCUGGAUGAAUUUGGCUGCUUUGAGCUGGAACUGAGGGGAGAUGUGGAGAUGAAGGGCAAGGGGAAGAUGCGGACGUACUGGCUGCUGAGCGAGAGGAAUGCAGUGGUCAUCUGAAGCAGAUGCUCCUGACCCCCCACCUGAGACUCCCCCCCAUUCGGGGCAGGGCAGUAGCUCUGCAGGCGCUGCCGCCAAAACUCACUUUGUCUCAAGCAAUGGACCCCUGACCCCUAGCAAUGACAAACUGAGAGGUUGAGAGAAAGACAGAGAGAACAAGUCACGAAAGAUUGGAUGGAGAAGAUGCACGGCGGGGGUCCGGGGAAGGACCCCCUGAAGACUGCUCCAACAAUGCUGGGCCCCCACCUGCCAAAGAUGUGGACUGUGCCAUCCGUGGCCCUGUGGGUGAGCUUCCGGCCACUUGCGCCCGGCUGGAGCAAGGCUGCCCCCCGCCCACCAACUUGUCAGUAGUG